UCAAUUACCCAAAAUCUAGUACCUGAACAGUGUACAGUCUAAACUAUCUAAUCCAGAACCAAAGUAUCAUUAAUAAAGGAAUAAUAAUACUCCAGGAUGGGAUUGCUUCCAAGUUUGCAAUUAUUAUGAUUAAUUAUUGUUAAUUUUGGAUCGUCGUAUUUGUCUGCAUCAGAUUAUUAGAAAAAAAAAAAACAACAGUGACGUGGCAAUUAGUCUUCCGAACACCGUUUACUUUAGUCAACUCGGGCAUGCUCAUUUACGUUAAACCUUUCACUGGGAAGCUCUGUUUCAGAAUCAGAGUCUUUCUUUGUUUUUACCAAACUACCAUGCGAUUCGCGGCACCACCGCCGCGUUCCGGCGAUAUCUCACCUUCUCCUUCGCCAGCUGCUUCACCGUCUCUUUCACCGUAUUCAGGAGUACCAGAGGAGAUUCUUUCUCCUUCUUCUGACCCUCCUUUACAGUUUAGCCCUCCGUUGAUCGCCAUGGUGGUGGUUUUAGCCGCCGCUUUUCUUUUCGUGACCUACUCUCGCCUCAUCUCCCGCCGAUUCCUCUCGCCUCUCUUCCGCCGUUUUCGACGGUGGCGACAUCGUCGGCGCCGUCUCCUCCACCUAUCCUCUGCUUCAAACUCGUCCUCCGAUCUCCGAUCCUUUUCCCCUUUCCCUUUCGACUCGUUUCACUACUCCUCCUACUCUCCUUACGGACUAGAUGAGUCCGUUAUCAAAACUCUGCCUCUGUUUCUCUACUCCGCCGCCUCUUGCACCGGGAAGAGCCUUUCUCCUGCCACCGCGGUGGGGAAAACUCCAGCCACCGCCGUGGACUGCGCCGUUUGUUUGUUGGAGUUCGAGGAAGGAGAUUACGUGCGGACGCUUCCGUUGUGCUUCCAUGCUUUCCACCUUGAGUGCAUCGAUGAGUGGCUUCGAUCUCACCCUAACUGUCCCCUCUGCCGUACUGCGAUUCUCCGAUCCGGCGUCGUUGCGACUACCUCGCCGUUCGUUCCCUUGAUGGCUCCUAGAAUCCGUCCAAGCCUCGACGAAGAGAGUAACGCGAUCGUCAUCCGCAGCGAAACUCCGCCGCGGAGUAAUGAUAAUUUAAACAUAGCCGCGACGGUUACAGACGAUCAGGAGAUCACAGCGGCGGUGGAAGAGCAAACGCCGGCUAUUUCUCGGUUCCGGGAGCUGAAGAGAUCCUACUCGUUUGAUUACGAUAGGGAGGAAUCAGCAUCAGAGAGAGUGACGAUGGAGCCAGCCACGGUGUCUCCGUGGAGAUACCGGAGAUCCACGUGGAACAAGCAGCGUCAGUCUCCGUUCGGAAACCUGAAAUCGAGAGUGUUCUCGUUACGUUACCACAGAAGCGCGAAAUCACCGUUUUCGCGGCGGCGAUCGGGAGUGUUCUUCCCGAUAUCAGAGCGGAUUCCGGCGACGGGAAGCUCAUCGUCGCGGCGGACGAAAUCGAUGACGAGUCCGAGGUUCUUUAGAACGGCACCGCACUCGUCGAGCCGGUUAAGAUGCGGAGAUCCAGAGGCACUGUUAUCGCCGGAGAGGUGGAGGAGAAAGGACACGUGUAGGCUAGAUAUGUAAGAUGAAAAUGGACGGUGGGGAUGAAAGGAAGAAAAAUUGAAGUGGAAGGAGGGAGGGAGCAUUAAUGGAAUGUGGGGUUUGGCAUUAAAUGGAAUUAAAAUCGACGAAACAUGCCAGACGGUGAAAGUAUUGGAGCUGGUACGACGACGUUCUAACUGUUUUUUUUGUCUGUUGAGUUGUAUAGUAUUGUCCUCGGAGUUAUCAAAUGCAUUAACGUCCAAAUCUGCCCAAGUUAUUAUAGAAACGGAGUCAACAAACCACACUAGAUUUCGUUUCUAUAAUAACUUUAUUUUGUCGGUCGCGCUUAUUGCUUUUUUUUUUUUUAAUUACGGAAUUUUAUGUUUGCUAAACUUUUUGUUCAUACUACUAAUUUUAUAUUAAGCUGUCGAUUAAAUUUGCAAUUAACAACU